AUGGCUCUUUUUGGUUCUUCCUCAGCUGCCAGCUCAGCUGCUGUGCCCACCUCUGCCGAGCAAAUCAAGAAACAACUAAAAGAACAGAUCAGUCUGGAACUUGCCGUCGCUAAUGCUACCGAGCUUGUGAACAAAAUCACCCAAAACUGCUUUGACAAGUGCAUCCAGGAGCCACAAGAUCAGAUCACCAGCCAACAAAGUACUUGUACCAGUCAAUGCUUGGAGAAGUACAUGCGUUCGUGGAAUGUGAUCUCGAAAGCAUACAUCGCUCGUAUUCAGCAGGAGAAGCAGUAG